CAACAUUAUUUUGGUUUAAAUACUCGAAAAAAGGCCAAAUAUGAGCUACAUACAGUUCGAGAGCGGCAGGGAGAAGGACAAGGCGCGCCAGGAGCUGCGGGAGGCGCGCUCGGAGAUGCUGCAGCGGGCCCAGGAGCGGGCGGAGCUGCGCGGGCAGCGGGAGCGGCAGAAGGAGCUGCGCGGCGAAGGCGACUGGAUGCUGCCGGCGGUGGCCAAAAAGCUGGAGAAGCCGGCCAAAAAGGCCAAGAAGAAGGGCUCCAAGCACAAGUCAAGGUCCAAGUCCAAGUCAAAGUCCUCCAAGAAGAGCAGGAGGCGGCACAGCAGCAGCAGCAGCGAGAGUUCCUCCUCAUCCUCUGAAAGUUCCUCCUCCAGUGAGGAGGAAAAGCGGCGGAAGAAAAAGAAAAAGUCCAAGAGAAGCCGCAAGGAGAGCGAGGACGAAGACGAGUGGGUGGAGGCGCCACCACCUAACAAGGCGGAGCAGGAAUCCCUCCAGCGGGACUCUUGGAUGACCAGCGAGGCUCUCCUGCUGAAGACUUACUCCAAAGAACGCAAGGAGCCGGCCAAGCCGAACGAGAAGGCCCAGCAAAUCGAUGCCUACGAUCCUGCGAAGAGCGGCCGCGAGCUGAAUCCCUACUGGAAGAGCAAUGGCACCGGUCUGCCGGGCUUCCAAAAGCCGCGGGAUGAGGAUGAGGGGCAGGACAAGCCUUUAAGAACCAUUUCCGGUCAGGGAUCCUCUCGCGGUUGGCGUAAACCGGUCGCCAAGGCCGCCAGUCCAGUUCCCUCCUCCUCUGAUGGGGAAAAAGAGGAAGAGGAGCAGGAGGAGCAACCCAAACCCACUUCCACCUGCCUCACAGACGAGCAGAUCAACGAACUAGCUGGAAAAGCCAUCAAGGCGGAGCUCAAGGGCAAAAAGGAGCUGGCGGCGCAGCUCAAUCAGCAGCUGGAGGCGGCGCGCAAGGAGCGAGCCGAGUUCAUUGCCUCCGGACAGGCGAAACCCAAGGUUAGAGCAGCUAAAACUAAGCCAGCCGAGCAUGUGCUGCUCACGAAGGUGGAUCAGAGCGGCAAUGUGCGUCCGCUGGUGCAGAAAAGCGAUCCCAACGAACUCUAUGGCGGAAGAAAGGGUCAAAAGAAGAUGGAAACCCAUGUGGAUGGCCAGCGAGUGCGCUACUUUGCAGACGACGAUCGCUACGACAUCAAGCAGAUGUUUGAGCGGGAAAAGCAUGCCACAGCUGCAGAGGCCAAUCUGCAAUAUGCAGACAUUCUGGCCAAGCACAAGAAUCCCAACGAUGAUUUAGAGGACAUCUUUGCGGACCGCGUGCGCAAGCAGAUCUCAGCGGGCGAUGCCGAGCAGCGGGAGCUAAAGAGCGCCAUUCGGGAGCACGAGAAGCUGGCGGCCAGUCUGGAGAACUGCGAUCGCUGCUUUGACUCGCUUAAGCUAGACAAACAGCUGCUCGUUUCGCUGGGCGAGAAGAUCUACCUGAGUUUGCCCUGGUAUAUGGGCCUCCAGAGCGGCCACUGCAUCCUGACGACGCUGCAGCACGUCGCCUGCUGCACGCAGCUGGACGAGGAUGCCUGGGAGGAGCUGAGCAACUUCCGCAAGGCGCUCACACGCAUGUUCGCCGCGCGGCGGCAGGAUGUCGUCUUCUACGAGAUCGCCAACCGGCUGCACAGGCGGCCGCAUCUCAGCGUGCACUGCAUACCGAUUCCCGCCAGCCAGGCGGAGAUGGCGCCCUUCUACUUCAAGAAGGCCAUCGAGGAGUCGGAGCAGGAGUGGUCCAUCAACAGGCAGCUCGUCUCGCUGCGCCACAAGUCGCUGCGGGCGGCCAUUCCCAAGGGUUUGCCCUAUGUGUGGGUGCACUUCGGCAUGGACGAGGGCUUCGCGCACGUCAUCGAGGACGAGGAGCGCUUCCCGGCCAACUUCGCGCAGGAGAUCAUCGGCGGCAUGCUGGAGCUCAAUCCGAAUGCCUGGCGCAAGCCGCGCAAGGAGCCCAAUCCCAUCGGAAAGGUCAAGUCCUUUGCCGCGAACUGGAAGAAGUUUGAUAGUACGCAACAGGAGUAAAUAGUUUUUGGAUAGUUUAUAUUUUUGU